CAUGCACAAUUCAAACUUCUUGCAUCCACAAUUCACAUCCUCUCUAUUUUCUUCAUUCAUAUACACAAUACACAAACACAUUCACAUUUAUACUCAUUUAACACAUCAUGUCCGUCCGUCGUCAGAAAAAGGCCAAGCGCGCCAUCCGUCAAAACUCAAAUGUGUUCGCCAUGUUUGAUCAGAAACAGAUCGUGGAGCUCAAAGAGGCCUUUUCACUUAUUGAUCAUGACACAGAUGGAUUUAUUGACCGUGAGGAUUUAAAGGAUAUGUUAGCAUCCUUGGGGCAGUCACCUACAGAGGAAUAUAUUGAAGACAUGAUCUCAGAAGCUCCUGGAAGUAUCAAUUUCACAAUGUUUUUGACUCUCAUGGGAGAAAAGUUAUCUGGAACUGACCCAGAACAUGAGAUUCUGCAGGCAUUCGAAUGUUUCGAUGAGGGAGGAACCGGUAUGUGUAAUGCAGAGGAGUUACGGGAAUGGAUGACUACUAUGGGCGACCGGUUUACAGAUGAUGAAGUUGACAUCAUGUUUAAAGGAGCAACAAUCGACAGGGACGGCAACUUUAAUUACAGAGAAUUUGCGCGGGUACUAAAGCACGGCGAGUAGUGCAGAUCUAAUUCAAGUAUGGACUGCGCUAGACCUUUCGCCCAGCUUCUGUUCAUACUCCCCUUUUUUGUAUUCACAUAACACCUGAUAUUGAUACUACAGCUAAUAAAAAACAACAACAACAACAGCAAGAGC